AUGGCGGAGGGUCGUCCAGCAAAGUCCCGCAAUGGCUGCGGAACCUGCAAAGUCAGAAAAGUAAAGUGUGACGAACAAAAGCCGGACUGCCAUCGAUGUAAAUCGACGGGAAGAAGAUGCGAAGGCUACAGGGUCGCCGAUCAGUCGCGAGAAGGCCCUUUGCGCAUUAUCCAACAUGUGCCCAUCUGCAGAGCGCCGCAGCCUGCAGUCCAACUUACAAGGGUCGAGCAGCAAUCGUUUGACUUUUUCCAGCGCUGUACGAUACCCAGCUUCGGAGUAGAUCUCGGCUGCUAUUUGCUUCCAGCAGCGUCCAGCGACCCGAUCCUCCAGUCGGUGGCCAUUGCGGUCGGCUCCGUGCAUCGAGCAUUUACUUUCCGUGCAAACGUUGGCACGGACGAAUCGCAUUUCGCCCUCCGAUAUUACAACAAAGCCAUCCGCGAGUUGGUCACGAGGAGCUGGCAAAGCUCGGCCCAGGCAAAUAUCGCGGUGCUUAUGGCAUGUGUACUUUUCUUUUGCUGCGAAUCUCUUCAAGGCCACUACAAGACUGCCCUUCAACAUGCAUCUUCGGGGCUUAGAAUACUGCAGCAGCAGGAGGCGUUCUCAGGCGGCUCUUCAAAAUGUUCACCUGCACCUGUUCUUCGGCUAUUUCAUUCGUUGCAGAAUCAGAUUCUCGAGAUCGAAGGUGCGGUGUCGAUUAGCUACGAGUCGCUAUUGGCUGUAUCCGACUCCCCUGCUUCCACCCCGAGCAAGGUAUUAGACAUUGACCAGAUUCAGCGUUCAUUUGAACCGUUAUACAGCCGUUUUAUCCGUCUAGACGCUAUUGCCGAGGAGUGGGAAGCGGCAUCAGGCGAAACGGUGACCACUUUCGAUGUAGAAUUGGCACCGAAGCUGCAUACAGAAGUGAUUGAAAUUAGAAGUGAUCUGACUGCAUGGAUAUGCAAGUUCGACGAAUGGAUUGCUACAAAUGAAGACGAAGUGUCUCAAAAUGACCACCGAACCAUCAUACUCAAAAUAUGGAAGCUGCUAAUCGGCGUGUAUCUCCAAAUGGAAUGGCCACCGGCCGAGAUGCUAUGGGACAAUUUCACAGACGUGUUCACCAACAUCGUCACACUCGCUUCCAUCAUCGUCGACCCCACCGACCCCUCCCAUUACCUCAAAAGAACUCCCCCGACGUCUUUGAGCGAGGGCAACAAGACGAAACUUCCCACAUUGCUUCCGAAACCCUCGACCACCACCCCCAAACACCCCACCUUCUCACUCACCAUCGGCAUCAUCACCCCGCUCUAUGUUUGCGCAACCCGCUCUCGUAACUCGCACAUCCGAUAUCGCGCCAUCGACUUGCUCUCCCGCUGCCGUCGCCGCGAGGGGCUCUGGGACUCGGACCUCGCGAGCCGUGUAGCGAAACAAUUUACCCUGAUCGAGGAAAGAGCAGCGGGAAUACCACCGGGAGUGCCGUAUCAGCCCGGGCAUAUUGGUCGCUCGACAAGGGUUAAGUCCCUCUCGCCUCGGUUUGACGAGGGACGGCAAGGUACGUUGCGAUAUACGGUUGAGGUGAUGGGGGAGGGCGAGAGGGAGGAGGUUGUUACUUGGUAA